AAAUUCAACGCUUGACGGGCAACGUUGCGACGCAUCUCAACGAAUCUCAGAGCAUCUUGCUGAUAAUACUUUAAAUAUAUAUAUAUACAUAUAUAAAUCAUUCAGUUUGCUGGCGUCGUUUUAAUUAGUGGAAGUGAAGAUGAAGUCUUUGAAUUUGUUUGCUUUGGUCGUCUUGGUGUUGGCUGCCAUUUGGUUGGGUCAAACCGAGGCCAGCUUUUGUCCCUGCAAUCUCAGAGAGAAGGGGCAGGUGUGCGGCUCCAAUGGUGUUACCUAUGUAAAUCGCUGUGAAUUCGAGUGUACUCAGCGGGAUUACAAGAAACUGGGACGAGCACUCAACAUUCGGAAUAUGGGUCCAUGCUAAAGUGACGGUGGCAAACCAGAGCGUCCAUUGCCACUUCAAAUAAUAUUAUAAUACUGUUUUAUUUGUGAGUUUUGUAAUAUGAUUCUUAUUCAAUUAUAAUAAAUAUUGUCAAGUUUA